UCCUGGCCCUCCGAAAGGGUCCACCGCUUCACACUUUGGACAGAGAACUACCGGUGGGUUAAUAAUUUCAGGGUCGGUUCCAUCAAUACAGGCUAACAAGUAUCAUUUAGCACCGCCUCCUGGUCUCCCGGCCCCGACACCUAUGGCGCCUAUAGCACCCAUGGGUCCAGGCUUAUCAGCUUAUAUAAACCCGAACUAUGCCUCUCAGAUGCCUUAUGGCGCUCGCAUGUCCCCUUCUCACCACCCUGAGACGAUGCCAAACAGCACCACCAGCCCUCAAACAUCUCGGGUUGUCCUCCCGCCUUCGCAAGGACACCAGAACCACUCCAACUCUCAAACGCCCACUCGUCCCCAAACCAAAGGUCAAGGUAUUGGUACUACAUCUCCUCCCGGCAUCAUCCCCAGCAGUCGCCAGAUGAUCACCGAUCCGCGCCAGAACGUAGUCAGCAGCCCCACUUUCAACAACUACUAUCUUCCUAUGCAGGCGCGAGACUACCAGAACCCAUACCAAGGAAAGCAACCACAGAUGGCGCAGCCUCACAUAAGUAGUCCUUCUCAUGCCGUGACUCCCCAGGAGCCGAAGCCAACGCUUGACAGGCACGCCCGCCAGAGAAUCCUCGACGAGCAAGCCAAAAGCUUUUCUGAGGAAGAUGAUGCCGCAUUUUACCCACACAAGGACUAAACGUUACAGAGAAGACGUAGUAGGGAUGGGGCUCUGCGUCCCGAUAAUAUUCCUCUUUCACUCGAAGGGUUCAUUACUGAGGGGCAGAGUGUUUUUGGGACAGGAAAGUCUUGAGAAAAUGCGGAAAAUUAAGAAGAUUGAGUUUUGUUCAUGGGAGUUUAUUUGGUAGUGGCUGCAGUCCAGAAAGGAGUCCACGGAGCAGGAGGGAAUAAAACGAUAGGCCAACAUAACCGCCGCGACACGCCUCUUUGAUUCUCAUCUACG